AAAACGUCCACCGGAUGUUGUGUCGGUCACGUGACGGAGCUCGGUGCGCUUGAUACCCGCGACCUGCCUCCAUCCAGUGUGAACACAGCUUGCGAUCAGGACUGAUGGAGACGACGGGAGUUUGUGAGAUCGACGUGGCGACCAGGAGAAUAGUGGGAGGCAGUGACUCUCCACCCGACCUGGACAGCCCAUGUCAGGAGGAAGUCGCAGCGUUUGGUUUGGGGUUGUGCUGUGCCGAGGAGGAGAGGGGAGAAACUCCGGGCAGAGAGGACAGUCCCAGCGACCUGGGGGAGGCAGAGCUCGACCCCGGUGGAGACCUCAAGGUCGGAGAGGACAAGGCGUUCGGGAAGGAGGUUGUUCUUUUGAUGCAGGCUCUGAACUCCCUCGCCACUCCUGAGGAGAAACUAGCUGCUUUGUGCAAGAAGUAUGCAGACCUGUUGGAGGAGAGCCGCUGCAUGCAGAAGCGGCUGAAGGCCCUGCAGAAGAAACAGUCUCAGAUCGUGAAGGAGAAGAUCCACCUGCAGGGGGAGCACAGCAAGGCCAUCCUGGCCCGCAGCAAGCUGGAGAGCCUCUGUAGGGAGCUGCAGAGACACAACAAGACUCUGAAGGAGGAAAACGGCCAGCGGUCCAGGGAGUACGAGGAGCAGCGGAAGGAGGCCAUGCUGCACUUCCAGAUGACCCUGAGCGACAUCGAGGUGCAGAUGGAGCAGCACAGCUCCCACAACACCAAGCUGAGGCAGGAGAACAUGGAUCUGGCCGAGAAGCUCAAGAAGCUCAUCGAGCAGUACGAGCUUCGGGAGGAGCACAUAGACAAGGUGUUCAAGCACAAGGAGCUCCAGCAGCAGCUGAUGGACGCCAAGCUGCAGAGGAUCACCGAGAUGAUGAGAGAGGUGGAGGAGAAGCAGCAGAGAGAGAGAGACUUUCUGCUGAAGGACGCAACAGAGUCCAGGCGCAAGUGUGAGCUGAUGAAGGAGCAAGAAACGCAGCUCAAACAACAGCUCUCCCUGUACAUGGACAAGUUCGAGGAGUUCCAGAGCACCCUGGCUAAAAGCAACGAAGUCUUCACCACUUUCAGACAAGAGAUGGAGAAGAUGACCAAGAAGAUCAAGAAGCUGGAGAAGGAGACGACACAGUGGAGGACCAAAUGGGAGAGCAACAACCAGGCCCUGCUGCAGAUGGCCGAGGAGAAAACUCUGCGGGACGGCCACUUCAAGGCCCUGCAGGGGAAGCUGGAGCUGCUGGAGCGGCUGUGCAGGGCCCUGCAGAAGGAGAGGAACGACCUGAACAACCAGCUGGGCCUCCUCCAGGAGCAGGAGGACAAGGGGACCACUGAAGCGCCUCCUGAAGCCCAGCCACAGGAGCCCUCUGUCGGGGAGAAGGAGGAGGAGGAGGCAGUGAAGGAGGAAGAUGUGGAGGGCUCGGCACAGGGUGACGAGCCGGAGACGGGGGGCGUCCACCAAGCUUCCAGACCACCAGAACUGGACCCCACACCGGCUGCUACUGAUGAAACCACUACUGCUGCUGCUACGACAACGACAACGAGCCAGCCCACGGGAACCCCGACCUCACAGCAGGACUGAACACACCUAGGCGGCCCGCGGGUGUGUGUGUGUAGGUGAGAUGGGGUGCGAUCCGAGGGCUCCACACACCUCCAGCCUAGCUCCAUAACUAGCCAGAAAAACCAUCUUCAAUGGGGAUAGAGAUUUCCUUUCUUUCUUUUCUGGUUUUUGUUUUUUUUAAUUCUAGACUUGCCUCUCAAGGUUUCCGUACGGAAACCGAGCCCUUAUCUUUAUUUCUGCGUUAGUCAAAGAGGAAUAAAAUGAUUGUAUCACGGCUUCUGUUCUAAAACUUUGCCCACGUUUUACUUUGGAUGUAAUGAUUGGCUUUAUGGCGAGCACUUGGCACUCCCGGUUUUCUACCUUAACUUUAUUUUCCAUAGCAAAAUCUCCAUUUUGAAGCUGCGCAAAGUCAAAAUUGGCCUUUUUUUUUUUUUUUUUUUUCUCCCUUCACAUGGUCUCUCCCUGUAGUGUCUCAUUGGAAAUUCCAGUUGAAUUAAGUUCAAAAGUGGGUAUAUCACACGCAUAUUGUUCCAGGUCACUUUGUGUCGCCAUACCGUCAGCAUGUGAUCUAAACAGAUGGAAGAGGAAAUUGGACGUAAUGUAGAACAAGAGCUCAGUCAGAUGUGGGUUUAUUUCUCCUCCGUGUUGGCCACAGGGUAUUCAAUAUUUUUCGAUCACGACUUGGAUUAGUUCAAGUUAUUCUUUUCUUCUACACAGUUGGGGAGCUACUUUAGCUGUCAAGCUAACCUAGAACAUGCUAAUUACCAGUUAGCAAGCUAUUUAGGGCGGUCACUUGAUCUGGAAACAAUUUAAUAUUCCGUCUCUAAUAAUCAGUUUGAACACCAAAGAUCGAAAAACGUAUGGACUUUUUGUAAAGUCAAUGCUACAUAGCUCGUCACUCAAGGGAGGUAGUGGAGGCACCACAAAAAUAAAAAUAAAAACAUAUAAACUUAUAGCGACAGUUCACAAAUAAUAAUUUUCCUCUUACCUGUAGUGCUUAACUUCUGCGUAAGGCCGUAGAGAUGUCUGCCAUCUCUCCGAUUCAAUGGGACCACAUGGCACAUUCCUCUGGUGGUUAUUAAAAGGGCCCCAAAACAAACUAUUGAUUAACUCAACAGUGAUGUCUCUUUCCAUAAAUCAUGACACGGAUACUUUUAAAUAAUCCAGACUUUAUGAGCAGGGGGUUUUGUUUUCCUACCCAACUACACCCAUGAUGUGAUUGGCAACUUGCUCCUCCCCUUUUGCAGUUAACACUUUAGGGGUGUAUUACCCGUUUUCUGUGCCUCCUAGGAAAUGUUAUAAUUAUGGGAUAAUAUGGGAAAUUGAAAUGAUGAAUGAUAAAGGUCAAGACUAUUAUUUUGUUGAGAGACAGCAAAUAAUUAUAAUAUAUAUUUUUUUUUGAAUGAGCCAUGUUAUUUGAUUUCCAUAUGGUCAGCUCAACAUAAAAGAGCAGAGUCAGGAGUUCUGUAACGUUAACGAAACGACAAACCUCGUAGUGCGUCGGACAAACGGCCCUUGAUAUCUAGGACACUUAAUACUGGAAGAAGAUUGAACGGGACUUUUCUUUUCUAAAGUAUUUUGAAUAAAAAGAAUGGAACCCACUCAGAUAAAAGUGAAUCCACGCACUUGCAUCCUCUCGGCAGAUUUUCUUCUAAAGAACCCUUUAACUCUGCUCGCUCCACUACCUAGGCCAUGGCCCAGAAUGCAGCUACUGUCCUGCAACAGACAACAUCUUCAAUAGGGUACUUCAUCUCUAUUGCUUUAUCUGCAUUUGGAAUCUCAAGUCUUUCAUUGGUGGGUACAAUUAUGAGACGGAUCAACAUAAAAAACGAUAGAUGUGAAUGCGUACAAGGCGAGGUGGUGCGUGCGUGUGUGUAUGUGUGUGUGUACGUAAGUUUCUUUCGGUUACAGGGCAGGUCUAGUAGUCCGAGGGACAACUUUUUCACUAUCCAUUUCCUCUUUCUUUGGCCUUGCCCCAGAAUGACUCUCAGGUAAUGUCAGAAUCUACCUCUGCAGGUGAGACUAACUGUGAAAGAAGAGGCAUGAGUCACCACAGCUUCGGAGAGCUCUAUUUUUACAAACAAAAAGAAAUAAAAUAAAACAUGAGCCCACAACCCCUCUUUGAUUGUAAAAUGUUCUUAAAAAGUCAUG